GAAGGAUCCCGAAGGCCGAGGGUUACCCGACUUUCGCGGCCCCUCGGCACGGGGCGCAUGCGUCUCGCGCCCGCCGCCGCUUUCUGCCUCUCCGUCUUCCUCUGGCCGCCGCUCGCGCUCGGAGCCGGGCGGCGCAUGCGCAGUGCCAGGAACGAGGGGGCGGUCCCGCUGGGCGGCAGCACCGGAUUCCUGUCAGGAGUGGCGGCGACGGCUGGAGUGGCGCCCGCGGAGCCGCUUCCCCGCCCGCCCCCGCAGCGCGGUCCCGGAGCGGCGAUGCCCUCGGACUUCAUCUCUCUGCUCAGCGCCGACCUCGACCUCGAGUCGCCCAAGUCCCUCUACUCCAAGGAAUCAGUCUAUGAUCUCCUCCCUAAGGAGCUGCAGCUGCCGCCUUCCAGAGAACUCUCAGUAGCAUCCAUGAGUCAAACCAGUGGUGGCGAGGCGGGUUCGCCCCCCCCGGGUGUAGUUGCUGCUGAUGCUUCUUCAGCUCCCUCCUCCUCCGUGGGCGGUGCUUGCAGCUCCUUUACCACCUCUUCCAGCCCCACCAUUUACUCUACCUCACUCACUGACAGCAAAGCUAUGCAAGUGGAGGGCUGCUCCUCAGCCAUGGGGGUAAGUAACCGUGGGGUAAGUGACAAGCAGUUAACCAAUAACACAGUCCAGCAGCAGCCACAGUCCACGCCGAAGAGACACACAGUCCUGUACAUCUCGCCACCACCAGAGGAUUUGCUGGACAACAGCCGGAUGUCCUGCCAGGAUGAGGGGUGCGGAUUGGAGUCUGAGCAAAGCUGCAGUAUGUGGAUAGAAGAUUCCCCCUCUAACUUCAGUAACAUGAGCACCAGUUCCUACAAUGAUAACACUGAGGUGCCACGUAAAUCUCGUAAGCGAAAUCCAAAGCAGAGGCCGGGGAUCAAACCACGAGACACUGAAGAAUCGACCAUGGAUAUCUUUGAUGCUGACAGUGCCAAAGCGCCUCAUUAUGUCCUUUCUCAACUCAGCACGGACAGCAAAAGCAACUUGAAAGCAGGAAAUGGAACCUCAGAAGUCCCCAAAGCAACUGGAGGGAAGAAGAGCCCCACGUUGUGCGGUCAGUACCUGAGCAAAAGCGAAGGCAAAGAGCUGAAGAUACUGGUACAGCCGGAGACUCAGCACAGAGCUCGCUACCUCACCGAGGGCAGCCGAGGUUCGGUGAAAGACAGAACCCAGCAGGGAUUUCCCACCGUGAAGCUGGAAGGUCACAACGAUCCUGUGACAUUGCAGAUAUUUGUGGGCAACGACUCUGGCCGGGUGAAGCCUCAUGGAUUCUAUCAGGCUUGCAGGGUUACAGGGCGAAAUACCACACCCUGCAAGGAGGUGGACAUAGAGGGGACGACUGUCAUUGAGGUGGGCUUGGAUCCAAGUAACAGCAUGACCCUGGCGGUGGACUGUGUCGGAAUCCUGAAGUUGAGGAAUGCGGACGUCGAAGCUCGAAUAGGCGUUGCUGGCUCCAAGAAGAAAAGCACUCGAGCCCGGCUGGUGUUCCGGGUCAACAUCCCUCGGAAAGACGGCUCCGCUCUAACUCUGCAGGCACCGUCCUCGCCCAUCCUGUGCACUCAACCUGCAGGUGUGCCAGAGAUCCUAAAGAAAAGUCUGCAUAGUUGUUCAGUGAAGGGAGAAGAGGAAGUAUUUUUGAUUGGCAAGAAUUUUCUGAAGGGAACCAAAGUGAUCUUCCAAGAGAACAUAUCUGAUGAAAGCUCCUGGAAAGCCGAAGCAGAAAUUGACAUGGAGCUGUUUCAUCAGAACCAUCUCAUUGUGAAGGUGCCACCGUACCAUGACCAGCAAAUAACUGCACCUGUUUCCGUGGGGAUUUUUGUCGUGACCAAUGCUGGGAGAUCACAUGACAUACAACCAUUUACAUACACUCCAGAUGCGACUAAUACUUUGAAUGUGAGUGUGAAGCAGGAGAUAUCCAGUCCAACCCAGCCCUGUUCUUUGGAUGAUGGAGCCAAAGUGAACACCAGUGGCUGUAAGCCAGACCAAGUAAAUAUCCUCUCCAGUGCCUUGGUAGCUCCUCUCCGGCCAAACAGUAUCAUCAAGAAUGAAGAGGCUGCUCCAAUGGAGCUUGUGGCCGAGAAAAGGUCUCUUCCUGCCUUUAAAACAACCAGCAUCAUUGGGCAAUCUCAAACAACUUUGGAGACCACCAUGUCUGGCAUAUUGGGGAACAGCACCUUCUCCUCUUCUGUUUCUCACUUAGCUUCAGAGAGUGAAAAACAGCCGCUGCAACCAAAGUAUACUCCCAAGACAAUGCCGACCCUCCAGACAGAGGACAUUGUGCCGUCUGGCAGCUUCCCAGCCGCCUCUGCUCCUAGUCAGCUGCAGAACAGCGACACCUUAUUGCAGCAGGCCUCCCCGUUUCCCCUGAGAGACCCUUCCUCCAGAGAGGCUUUGCAGUCGGACAGCACAGCCAUGGCCUUGUCCCAGUUAACGGAGGCAUCCCAGCAGCCGCCUCCCCUUCAGGAGUCAAGCCAGGCAUUACAGCAGCAGAUCUCCUCGAGCAUGUUCUCCACGGCCAGUGGAGUGAGCCAGCUUCAGAACACGAUCCAGCAGCUGCAGGCAGGGAGCUUUCCCUCUAGCACUGGUGGCAGCGGCAGCAACAGCAACAGAAAUGUUGAUUUGGUUCAGCAGGUCCUGGAAGCGCAGCAGCAGUUGUCAUCUGUCCUGUUUUCAGGGUCUGAUAGUGAGGAUGUUCAAGAGCAGAUCAAUGUAGAAAUUUUCCAGCAGGUUAGCCAAAUCCAAACUGGAGUCAACCAGGGGAUGUUUUCCUCUGACACUGUUCACUCAAGGGCGGACGACCUUCUCUCCAGCAGAACUGAGAACAUUCACCCUCAGCCGGAGACUUCUUUGGCUGGCCAGCCACCGCCACCACAAGCAAUGGAGACUUCUGCCGCAAUGGUGAUUGAAAUGCAGCAAGGCCUGUGCCAGGCCCCAAGCCGAAUGCAGUCCGAUUUGUUCUCCUCCUCCUCCUCCUCCUCGGGAAAUGGAAACAUCCAGCAGUCCCCAGUGUACCAGCAAGCUUCCCACAUGAUGGGUGGGCUGUCAGCCAGUGAAGACAUGCAAAUGCAGUGUGAGUUGUUCUCUCCCACCAGAGUUUCAAGCAGUGAAGCGGCUACUCCAGUGCAGCCGCAGCAGCAGCAGGUGCCCACCGGCGGCUCCGCCAUGUUCCCGGCUUCAGGCUCUGCUGAAGGUGAAGAAGCUUCAGGACAGGCCAAACAGAUGCAGGGCAACGUCUUUCAGGCUAUGGUCCAAAUGCAGCACGGUGGGGAAAGUCAGGCCCAGGUUACCCUCUUUUCUUCCUCGGAGGACAUGAUGGCUGCCGUUCAAGGCACUGGAGCACAGCAGCAGGGCGGGGGGCUCUUUCAGCAGAGUGGAGAGAUAAUCUCUCUGCAGUCCGGCAGCUUCCUACCACAGGCUCCCCACUCCCAGCCUCAGCUGUUCCAUGCGCAGAGCCCCAUUGGGGACACCCAGAGCAUCUCUCAGGAGACCUCAAAUUCUCUUUUCCACAACCAGAAUGCUGCCUCCUCUUCUGAACAGCUGCAGCAACCUAUGUUUCACUCCCAGGGCAGCCUAGGAGUUGUUCCGGACCAGCAGACAGGCAGCCUGUUUCUCUCCCAGAAUCCAAUGAGCUCCUCAGUCACGCCAGAGGAGCAGAUGCCGUUUUUUGCCACCCAGAGUCCUCUUUCUCCCUUGCAAGCCCCUGCCAGGACUGAGCAGCAGUCCUCCUUCCAACAGCCCCACCUUCAGGGCCCUCUGCUCACCCAAGAGCAGUCUGCGUCGACACAUCAGGGCCUGUUCCAGGCACAGGUAACUCUAGGCCCCCUCCCUCCUCCUGGGGUGCCCUCCAGCCAACAGGGGGGCAUUUUCCAAGCUCAGCAUUCCCUUGUGGCUCUUCAGAAUAGUGCCUCAACCCAAGAGCAGCAGCAGCAGCAGCAAAAUAUGCGGUUCAGCAACCAGAACAGCAUGGGCUCUGUGACCUCUCAGAAACAAACCAUGAUGUUCAGUUCCAGUCCCAGCUCGAUGAGCAGCCAGGAGCAGCAGCAGAGCCAGCCUCUCUUCCACCCCCCGAGUAGUCUGGCACAGAGGAGUCAAGAGCAGCAGCCCAUGCAGUUCCAAAGCCAGAGUUCAGGCUCUACCCAAGCUGAGCCACAACAGCCACCGCCAAGCUUAUUCCAUGGCUCCCCCCAGAUCCAGCUGGUCCAAGGAUCCCCCAGCCCUCAGGAGCAGCCAGUCACCCUCUUCAUAUCUUCGGCUUCCAUGUCUGCCUUGCAGAACAGCAUGAGCCAGCAAGAAUUGCAGCAGCCCCCCCUCUACUCUUCGCAGAACAGCCUGCCAAGCAUCCAGGAUGCUUCAUCACCCCCCCAGCAGCAGCAGGCAGCCACUUUGUUUCAUAAUGCAUCUACCGGCAGUUCCAUCAACCAGCUGCAGAACUCCUCGACUUCAUCCCGGCAGACCUCUGGGAUAUUCCUCUUUGGCAUCCAAGACACAGGUUGUGGCCAGCUCUUAACAUCUGGGCCAGGUUCCGUGUCAGAGCAGAUGAUGACGCUCAGCCAGCCACAGAAUGAGGCACAGCCAUCCGUCACAGCUCUCUUGUCCCAGCAAAUCUCAAAAAGUCCUCAGAUUUCUCCUGCAGUGACCACCAAUCAGAAUAUGAAGAAGAUUGAUGACUUGCUUGUAUCCCUGCAAAACCAGGGGAACAAUACCAUGGCUGGCUCCUUUUAAUAAGUGAGAAAUCCUGCACUGGUCAAACCAAUUUGCAAGAUUCCUUUAGCUCUUGUGAUUCUGGAGUUUAGCGAAGUAGCGUUAACUCUCCUCCGUUAAAAGAUGGCCUGGGCCUGCGGGAAAAGGUCUUCAUCCUUGCUUUGGAAGAACACCACUUUGGAAGUGCUGCUGAGCAACAGCUUUGGAGAAGGGGUGGAAAAGCCAUGUUCUGUGUUACCCAGACAUGGGUUAGACGGUUAUCCCCAUCCCCAGUCCUGUUGGGGGACACUGAGCGUGGCUGCUUACGUGUCAGUGCAAGGCAAGAACAUUGGGCUGUCUCUUUCCCUCUCCCAUUCUUCUUCUGGUCUUCACAAUUCUUUGGGCCCCUUGUGAAACACGGGCGUUGCCUAUGUCCUCAAUCAUUUGUGCUCCUCGUUUGAUAGCUUAUCACAUGGUUUGUGGCUGAGUAUGGGAAUGGUCUCCAUUGAAAAAUGUGGCUUGAGUGGAGUGGCACAGGUAUGCUGUGUACUCUGUAAACCCCACACACGGUCAUGGCUUGAUGCUGCACAUAUCGGGUGGUGAAUGUGCAUGUCUGAAUCGGCCUUUGAAGCCAGCAGCUGCUGCCGUUCACAGCAGCAAACGAGAACCCUGGGAUGGGGGGAGGGGCUCCUAUGGCGGCUGGGUGGGCAUCACAAGGAUGUCGCAGAGGCGGCGGCCUCCGAACGGGGCUGCGGCUUCCUGAGAAGUGGGAUGUAGAUGAGCAGGUUCCCAACCCCUCAGGCGCUCUGCUGUUCUCCCUUUUCAGAAGGACGCAGUUGCUGGGCCGAGGGAUGGGUUCGUUUUGGAAACCUGCCUGAUGAAACAGUGGCUGACGCUUCUUCUUAAGGCUUCUCACUGGAGCUUCCUGUCCUCCUGUUUAAAUAUUCUGCCACAUUUUUCUGGAACCCAUUGUCCGUGGUGAACGCAGGGCAGGAUUUUAGAGAAGGGAGGUGACAUCGUGAAGAGCACAGCCUAGACCACCCUUAGCCCCACUGCCGUGGCCAGGAAACGGAAGGUCCAGGGUGGGAACGCCCGUCCGUUUCUGAUGGGACCUUGAGUAAGCUCCGCAUUCAAGCCACAGGCAAGGGGAACAGCCCAGCCCCUUAGAGCCCUGCCAUGGCCUCCCCUCUGCCAGCCACCACUCUCCUGCACAAGGCAGGGGGAGGCGUUUGAUGAAAGGCCGAUACUGUCCAGACCGUGUGCUCCCAGCAGGUUCUCCUGGAGUUCACCGCCUCCAGCUUCCUCUAGGUCUCCCGUGCAUGGGCCAUCUGCCACUCAAGCACUUUCACGUGCAGCUCCCGCUGACCUCGGGGACUGUGUUGUUUUAGUACGUUGUGGCUGGCUGUGCUUUGUUACCACUGUGUUGAGAAGCAUUUCACUCAUUCAUGGUUCUUGAGGCCUCUCCCUUGGGUGCCCCUGGCGCAGGGCCCCUUUCUCGUGCCACGCCAGUCUGUCUCUCGUGUUUGUGGUCAGUGUGUCCUGUCCCUGUCCCUGUCCCAAGAGGCUUGAGUUACGUUUUCAGUAGUACAGGCUCUUUUGCCGAUAUGAAGGGAACUUUUCAGAAAGAGACCUACUCGGGGUCAUUUAAUUUUGAAUACAGUUUUCAGUCGUUCAAGUUUUGGAUGGUUUAUAUCUAAUGUGUGUUUCAUUUUUUGGAAAGCUCUAUUUUGUAUUUAGUAAAUGAUAAACUAUUUUG